GGCCAUCUACAUCUGCCCAAUGAAUCAGGAGCGGAUGCGAUGUAUCCUUUUUCAGUGGAGUGAAUGGCCAAUGGGAGUUGGCUUAUCGAGCAAACACUGAACCCCGCGUUUCCAUUCAUUCAGUGCUGAACAGGCCUGUGGAGCUGGAGAGAGCGCAUCACCGCCUGCGACCUGACCAAGCUUUCUGCCCGAGAGCGCAGCUUCCCUGUGACAGCCAGAACGCAAGCUCAACUUUCUGCAGAAGCUCGAAGAGGAGGGGCUCUCGGAUAUAUGCUGAAUCGGCUUUGAUUUGAUUUCCCCAAAAACGUCUUUGCGCUGUUUCAAUUUUACAGCAGUUCCUAAGGGACUUCUAUAACUGGGUUGUCCUGCUUAAAGAUCGGGCUCCAAGUGCGCAGCAGCUCUCCGAGUGCCUUCUCUCCCACAUCAGAGCUCCGCCGUGGAUUUACUUCGUGGGGUCCUGGGACGAAUGCAUGAGCAACCCGCACUGAGCUUUUCUUUAAAACUAACCAAGGAAAGGGAAUAACACGAAGGGAUACACUCGCACUGGGAUUAUCAGGACAUUGCAUUUUCCUUUUAGAUGGAGUUUCUGUAGGCUGGUUGAUGGAUUCGGCGUCAUGGAUGGUUGCAUAUAGCAGGUUUUCCGAUGCAUGCCAAGUCCACGGUGAAUGUCGGAAGUGGUGAUCCCCCCAGAUGGAGCUCCAAAGUCAACAUGGCCCUGGUGGUUCAUUAGUGGUGAUCCAGCAGCCUUCCCUUGAGAGCCGGCAGAGAUCGGAUUAUGAGCGGGAGCUCCAGCAUGCUGCCAUUCUCUCCCUGGACCAAAUCAAGGCAAUCCGCUCCAGCAACGAGUAUACCGAGGGGCCCUCAGUGGUACGGAGGCCCCCUGCACCCCGUAUGGCCCUCCGGCCUCAGGACAAGCAGGAGAGGACUCACGAGGUCAUCCUUGUCAAUGUGAACAACAAUUAUGAGCACCAGCCAUCCAGUCACCACCAUCAUGUGGGAGGUGGUGUGGUGGUUGUGGCCGGGGGGCAGCAGUACAGUGGGUCCCGGGCACCUGGGCUCAGCCGCUCCACAAGCACAGGAAGUGCCGCCAGUUCAGGGAGCAACAGCAGUGCUUCCUCUGAGCAGGGACUCUUGGCACGCUCACCCCCAACCAGGCCCAGCAUGAGCUUACAGCACCACCGCAGAGCAGAGCAGCCUGUUCGGACUCAGCCCAAGCCCAAGGCCCCCCUACAGCCCCAGCAGGGACCUCACCAGCCUCCACUAGAGGCUCCGCUCAAGCCCCAGAGCAAAGGGAAACCAGACUUUUCUGGCCCUGGCAACAGUGUUGUGGCUGCUGCUGGGCACCAGUUCAUCUGUGAGCGCUGUGGGAAGUGCAAGUGUAGCGACUGCACGGCUCCCAGGAGCCUGCCUUCAUGUCUGGCAUGUAACGGCCAGUGCCUCUGCUCUGCUGAGAGUGCGCUGGAGCAUGGCACAUGCAUGUGCCUGGUUAAGGGCAUUUUCUACCACUGCUCCAAUGACGAUGAGGGGGACUCGUGUGCUGACCACCCCUGCUCCCUGUCACGUUCCCAUUGCUGCUCUCGUUUUCUGUGCAUGGGAUUAAUGUCGGUACUCUUCCCCUGUCUGCUAUGCUACCCACCUGUCAAGGGGUGUCUGAAGGCAUGCCAGGCCUGCUACGAUCGGGUUAACAGGCCCGGCUGUCGCUGCAAGAACUCCAACACUGUCUAUUGCAAACUGGAGAACUGGGCCCCACAGACCCAGGAGAAACCUUCCUGAACGCCCGUUUGUUUGUGAUUGUGCGUGCAUGGGAGACUUGAUGUUGAUUGUAUGAUGACAAUGGUAAUGAUAAUGAUGAUGAUAGUCACAAAUUAAUGUUUAUCAAACGUUAUAAGCACCUCCCACCAGCCUUCCCUCCUGCCUGCCGAACCCUAAGGAGCUAAGCAAGGGAGUAAUGAAAACCACUCGAAUGUUUUUAUUUUUUCUGGAUCAGGACCGUUUUUACAGACCAGUGUUUGCCUUAACUGUUUCUAUGUCUAUCCUCAACUUCUCAUUAACACUAUAUAUAUAUCUAUCUAUCUAUAUAUAUAUAGAUAUAUAUGUGUAUAUAUAGAUAUAUAUGUGUAUAUAUAUAUAUAUAUGAGAAAGAUAUUUUCUUCCGUUUUAGGUAGGCCGUUUCCUCUGGGUCUGUAUCCCCAAUGAGAAGCUGCCUUUUACCAAGUCUGUGAAGGACGAUCUACUAUAGGGCAAUUAUGUAGCUAUUACCUGGUAUUCAUAGCAAGCAGGUAUAUUUGAAUUUAUUGGUUGCUACCACACUAAAACCGUGGUUCCCGUGCUCAUGUUGCAUUAACAAAAGCACAUCCAUCUCAUAGUAUUUGUUUCUCCACUUGGAUAUGUUUCUCUCCUUCCAUCCAUCUGAACUUUUCAUACAAAUUUUGUGGCUGUCUCCCUUUUUUUGUGUGUAAAUUGUAUGUUCAAAAUCCAUAAGAGGAAUUCUGGCUAUUUUUUUGAAAAGAAAAAUGUCUGUUAAAACAUUUUUUGUUGUAAAAAAUAUUUAUUAUGUGAAGCUCUAUUAUUUUAUGAUAUUUAUUGCAAGAGACAGUCUUAAAUUUACUCAUGUCUGAAUAUAACAAAAUAUCAAAUACUUACUGAAAAAUUAA